UGGACAUUUGCACACACGAAGAGGAGUUGGUGGUGGCGGAUUCAUGAACGAACUAAACCAGGGAAGCUAAUAGAGUAGACAGUCGUCUCAAGUAAAACGCAAGGUGUUAUUUUGUUGCUUUUACGUAAGCCCUGCCAUUUUUAUUUCACGAUGGAGAAAUGUGCUUAGAGCGAAACAGUUAGGCUAUUUCUUAGGGAAUCAACAGGCGUAAACGAGGUUAUUUGAAAGUUCGCGAUGUCUGAAAGAACUCCAAGUCCACCCGCAGACUCCAAUGGAAGGCCAUUUGAUGUCAACAGAGUCAUGUAUACGCAGGCCGUGAACCAGGACGGAUUGGGGAACCCGUCACUACAGUUUCCCCACAUGCUGCAAGACCAUGGGCUGAUUUUCAACAAAUCGUCUUUCAACGGCAUCACACAUCCAGCUCCACAAGCUUUCUUUACAUUCCCUGCCGUCAGCGGUGACUUCCGAACAUCCGAUGUACAGACCGGGGACUUCUCGCAACCCAAACACUGGUACCCUUUCCCUGCUCCGGAGUACACUGGCCAGGUAGCCGGCACCACCACGGCAACACAACCCGCAAACCUCAGUCCGCCAAUGGCCGAGACCAGGGAGCAAAUCAAAAUGCCAGAGAUCAAGGCCGAGAAGGAAGUCAAUGACGAUUACACAACCGAGAUGAAGCUUCAGGUUUCGCCCCAGGCAACGUCUGUUGCGCACGGCGUCUAUUAUUCGGCUCCCUGGAACCCAUCCUUUUGGCCUAGUCUCUCGCACAUCACGGCUCCUGUUAACGCGUCUGGCUCUCAAACAGUUUCGUCCUCGGCAUCAUCUCCCUCCCUGUCCCCAUCGCCACCGGGACAUGCGUUCCACGGAUCGGGAUUUUACAGUGCUGGUUCGGCGCAAACUGUUCCAACUACCCAGGCGCAGUCUACAGGCGCUACUCGGAGCAGCGGCUCAUCCAGUGGGGGUUGCAGUGACUCGGAGGAGGAGGAGAAUCUGACCACAGAAGAACUGGAACAGUUCGCUAAAGAACUGAAACACAAACGGAUUACUCUCGGGUUCACGCAAGCUGAUGUCGGACUGGCUUUGGGCAACCUCUAUGGUAAAAUGUUUAGCCAGACGACCAUUUGCCGCUUUGAAGCCCUUCAGCUCAGUUUCAAGAACAUGUGCAAGUUGAAACCUCUCUUGCAAAGGUGGCUCAAUGACGCGGAGACGUCAGAUAACCCCCAAGACAUGUACAAGAUAGAGCGGGUGUUUGUCGACACCAGAAAACGGAAGCGGAGAACCAGCCUGGAGGGUACAGUGCGCACAGCGCUUGAGUCCUACUUUGUAAAAUGCCCAAAGCCCAACACGCAGGAGAUCACCCACAUCUCCGAUGACCUUGGCUUGGAGAGAGACGUUGUGCGCGUGUGGUUCUGCAACCGAAGGCAGAAAGGGAAGCGGCUGGCAUUGCCUUUUGAUGACGAGUGUGCCGAGUACUACGAGCAGAGCCCGCCGCCACCACCAUCUCACCUUGGCCAUAACCCCCUUCCAGGACAGGGGUAUGCCAUGGCCACUCACCCCAACGCUACUCCGAGCCUCUACAUGGCCCCUCUCCAUCGACCUGACGUCUUCAAACAGACCUUACAUCCCGGAUUAGUCAGUCAGCUUCCCAGCUAACUGGAGGAGUCUUGGCGCAGCCCUUGGCCAAUUUUGUGUGUAUAAUUUUCCCCAUCAACCCACGUGAGUUGGUGUGGCUGAUGGGGUUAUCAGAUGCUGAUCCACUUUUGACAAACUGUUGUGGUGCUCAACACAUGCAAAGUGUACAUGGCAUACAAACCGUUAUGGUUUUACAUUGUUUUGCAGGUCUCAAGCCUGUCCGUUUGAGGUUUUUGUCAAAACAUUGAGUUUGCUUCUUGUAAUUGACUGACUUUGGGGAAAGAGCUUUUUUUGUUGCUAAUAUUGCUGUAUGUUGUUGAGGACCUGAAUGUUUCAUUGCAUCAUUAUGUACCAGCAAGACUUUUAUUCUGACCAGGAAAAGUGCCCCCCUUUUUGUUUUACAACGUAAGGUAAUUCCAAACCAUUUAACAUUUUAGAUAUUGAUGACUUGUAAUGUUAUGAAGCCAUAUGAAUUUAUUUGUGAUUGAAGAUGGUUUUAAUGUUUUUUUUCCUUGAAGGGAGGGAAGGUUUUGUUGGAGUUGAGGGCAUCAGAUAGUGCUCUUCACUUUCAUCUGGCUCAGAAGGAACAUUUGCAGAUUUGUAACAGCCGAAAGCUGAUAACUUCAUGACCAGAGGUAGCAUUCCUGAAUGACACAGUGGAAAAAGUAGCUUGUGUCGUGUUAAUACCUGCAUUUUAUACAAGUUACUUUUCAAGAUGCUUGAUUGUAUGCCCUGUACUUUACUAAGGCUUGAAUUAUUUAUUUUGAUUAAGGCCAGAACUGUUAAGUCAUUCUUCUUGGUCAGGAUGGCUAUUAAAGAAUCUGGUGCUCCAAUCCACAUAA